UAUUUACAGAUGAAAUCUUUUUUUGCCGUUUUGCUGACUGUGUUCAUGCUCGACACAACCUUUGGGGUUAGAAGAUUUCGUGUCUUUGAUUACAACAGAUACGGCAGUCGCGUGCGAACAUGGGAGCAAGCCCGUGCUGCAUGCCGCAAACUCGGUCGAGGAUGGGAUCUGGUGAAAAUCGAUGAUAGGGCAGAGGAUAACGCUAUCAAAACAAUUUUGAUGCAGGAGUGCACUCCAGAUGAACAUGAUGGUUGGUUUAUUGGUGGAAAAUCUAUUAAUGGCAGAUGGAGAUGGGCAGAUUACUCUAGGAUGACAUAUUCAAACUUUCCUCUAACCUAUAUAAGUUCUGUGGGUUUGACAGGUCGUGGUCGUCCACAGUCGACCGUGGUUAGAUACGCUGUCAUUUUCAAAAGAAAUUUUCAGUGGGGAUCCGUAAAUGCCCGUCAACGAUCGGGAAUGGGAUACAUUUGUGAAAUUCAAUGUAGUGACCAUUUCUUCCCUGUGCCUUAAGCUGACACUAUUGGGAAAGCAGUUGGAAGAUUUGAGGCACCCAAUUUUUCAUAUAUACCUGUAAAAAUGAAAAUAAAUAUAUUUAAUAA